AUCUUCCCUUUCAACUUCAUACAACAUGACACGCACACACAGGCACACAAAAACAGAGCAGACAAAAUCAGGAUAUGACAUCACACACAGGAAGAGAAGCCAAGUAACUUUUCAGCUUGUUUUUUUACUGUAUGGGUUUUAUAGAGUUGAUGAGUAGGAGAGAGAAAGGAUUCUCACGAGGCAGUUUGGAUUUGUUUUUGUUUUUGUUUUCUUCCCCUCUUGGAGAGCACAGGAAUUAUUCUCAGGUUUCCCACAACAUUCCAGGAGUCUACAGUGGGACUAAAGCCAGGCACUUUAGCUGUUUCUCUAUUGGACGGGACAAGAGCCCAGGGAAUUAUAAUAGUAAAAAGUCAGAGCGAUCCGGAUCCUGAGCGGAUCGGAAUCCUCCAUCGCCCUGCUCAGCUCAGCGAUGGCUCUAUGCUUGGGUCAGGUGUUCAGCAAAGACAAGACGUUUCGGCCUCGAAAGCGAUUCGAACCUGGGACCCAACGUUUCGAGCUAUACAAAAGAGCCCAGGCGUCUCUGAAAUCAGGCCUGGACCUGAGAAAAGUGGUGCAGCUGCCAGAAGGAGAGAGCAUUAAUGACUGGAUCGCUGUACAUGUUGUGGAUUUCUUCAAUCGGAUCAACCUAAUCUACGGGACAGUGAGCGAGUUCUGCACUGAGAAGAGCUGUCCCAUCAUGUCUGGAGGACCACGUUAUGAAUACAGGUGGCAGGAUGGGGAACAAUACAAGAGGCCCACCAAACUGCCUGCUCUAAUAUACAUGAACCUCCUGAUGAACUGGAUCGAGUCGCUUAUCAACAAUGAGGACAUCUUUCCUACACGAGUAGGAGUCCCUUUUCCAAAGAACUUUCAGCAGGUGUGCAAGAAGAUUUUAAGUCGCUUGUUUCGGGUGUUUGUGCACGUGUACAUCCAUCACUUUGACAUGAUCUGCAGUAUAGGAGCUGAGGCUCACAUCAACACCUGUUACAAACACUACUACUACUUCAUCUCGGAGUUCAGCCUCAUUGACCACUCUGAGCUGGUGCCCCUGAAAGAAAUGACUGAGAAGAUUUGCCACUGAAAGAUGCAGAGAAGAUUGGAUGUGCAUCCAAAAGCACAAAACUUUAAACAUUAAAAAUAACCUACUUGAGCUCCUUAAUAUCAGGGAGGACCAGAGACUGACAAAUGAGCUAAAAUUCAACGUUUACUGAAACGGUGUGGUGUUCAACAUGUAUUUUCGAUGGAGUAUACUAUAUAUCUCAAAGUCUGCAGUAUUUAUAUGAAAUGAUGCAUUAAUUGCUUAGUAUUUUACAUACAUUUCCAAACAUUUCACAAUGUGACUUAAAAGAUACUUUAGAAAAUGAGCCCUAAGGGAAUCUAGUCUUGAAAAGGCAUGUCUGAAAUUUUUCCUAGGUUUGAGAUGUUACAUGUUUGCUCUGUUGUGUCCUUUCAUAGGGCAAAAUCCUUUGCCAUUAUUUUUAUUUAAGCAGGGCAUGUGCAGUAAGAAACAGUUGUGAUAGCUAGUUUUUGAUGUUGAAUAGUACUCCACAGUAUUAUUCUUUUUCAGACAUAUUGUCUAUCGCAUUUUUUGCAUGCAACUUUAAAAUAUAAACAUUUGAAAUAACUGUU